AGAUAAUAAUAUUAUGGUCGUUAUCUUUGUUACAACUGGCAACAAAUUGUAGCAUUUUUUAGUAUAAUAUUAUUGUUAGUGCUACGCUAUAGUUUUUGUACCACUACAAAUACUAAAUAGUGUUUACGACGUUUACGUUCGGCGGCGUCCUCUAAUAAUAUUAUUAUUGUACUAUUUACUAUUAUUUAGUAUUUUAGUGAUAAGUUCAGUCCGUCGUGGCACCGUCGAAUACUCCUACUGGCAAUUUAUUAUUAAAAUCCAUUAAACGUAUAUUAUUAUAAACGCGUAAUUAUUACAUACCUACCGGUUUAGAGUAGUCGCAGCCGUUACUAUAAUUACUAUUGCUCGGGCUAUUUCAAUACAACAACAGGUAACACGUAACAUCGAGUACUCCUAUAGUAUACGCGUAUAACAUUGCCACCAUACAUAUAGUUUGCGACUUGUACUGUCAGUUAAUUUGGAAAAUCGGAUUACGUUGGUUUUAAAGUUUGACUUUUUACCAUGAGCGAUAACGACCCGUGCGAAUGUUUUUGGAAUCAUGAGCUAUCUAUGCAACGACUACUUUCACUGCUACGUCAGUCACAGUCGGCAUGCACAGAUAUUGAUUGCUUGGAACCAGUUCAAAGAUUGGAUGGACCAUUGUCAUCGAACAGUGAAGAUACUAAUUUUGUCUUAUUAACUGGAAUUUGGGUUGUUAUUGCUUUGGCUUUGUACUUUAUGCGUCCUUAUCAGCCUCGCACACAAGAGGAAACUAUUAAAAAAUUACCAUUUGGUAGAUCUGACAAUAGUGGACCAGAUGAACCACCGUCUCCACCUCCUCCAUCAAUGGGAGCCCAGUGAUAAUAUAAUAUUUUGACGAUACAUUCUACAAGAAUUUUGAGCUCGCUCAAUCUAAAAUUCCCUUCCAUUAUUCCACAGAUAAUCAUUAUAAUCACAUAGAUUUAAGAACUUAAAAUUUUAGUUGAAGUUUCCCACUUGACUGACAAAAUCUACUGCACUAACAUGAAACAUCUAUUUAUUAUUUUUAUAUAACAAAAAAAAAAUAUGUACCUAAAUUUUAAACAUGGUAAAAAUGUUAUUAUAUACGCACACAUAAGAUAAAUAGGAAUAAAUGAUUUGUUUUCUUUUUCGUCUAUUAUGACAAACAAUGCAGUUAUAUUGGUGAUAUGUGUUAGUUGAGUGGAAAAAACUAUUAUUAAUUAUUAUACAUUAUAUUAUUAUAUUAUAUUACUUUUAUCAUAUGCAAUAACAAGAAGAGAAUAUGUACAGAAAUGUAUAGAAUUGUAUUUAGUAUUCGAGUGUGUGAAUUGAUUGAUUUAUUAUAGCUGUUUUAUUUUUUAUUUAAGUCU